UAUCAGCAACAAAAGUCUCUCACUUCUCUCACCGUUUCUUCAACUAAACAAAAGAAGCAACAUUGCACCAGCCAAAUUUCUGGGGUCAAGCUCAAAUCCAAGCAGAUUCAUGGCAGCAUCAGUCUCUGUUUCUGAAUCUUUGAGGUCAGUUCUGAAUGAUUCCUCAAGUGACUUAGGAAAAGAAGAAUAUAGCGUAACUCACUUAGCAGAAGAUGAUUCUGGUCAGAACUUUCAUCAGAUACCCACUGAUCAGAUCUACAAGGAAACGAAGCUUUCUAGGCUCAACUUUCUGAGGAACUACAAAGUCAAGUCAGUAGAGAAAGAAUUUACUUUUGGAAACGAACAGCACGAUAUAUAUUUGCUAACCAGAGAUGAUAUUAGAAAGCACAAGAAAAAGUAUGACUUUCUGCAUAUCGGACUUGUGCAAGUUUAUUUUGUACCAUAUCAUAUCCCUGGUAUUGAUCACAGAAUCUUAGUAUGCUUGCGAGAUGCGAAAUAUCCAAACUUGAAAGACUCGGUCUUAGCAGCGUUAGAGAUCAGUUUGCAUAAUGGUAGAACAAAGUUCAAUUGGUUCCCAAAUUUCUCGUCAUCUUUAUCUGAACUAUCAAACUCCAACGGCUUGAUGAUAACUGCGGAGCCACAUGGUCUUUCGGUUAUAGAAGGUUCUUGUAUGUUUGGGAUUACCUGCAGAAUUUGUUAUAAACUGAUGAAGGGGUCUCUUGAACCCAGAUCACAGUUUGAAAAUCCUUUGUUGGAGGUGAAAACUGAUAAGAUAAAAGUUCUUGCGCCAAGAACCAUAAAAGGGAACUGAAGCGAAUGGGUUCAGUGAAAAGUCUCAUUCCUGGCAAGUACAAGCUAGUAGUUUAAGUUUAUCCUUCUCUGUAAUCGUUUGCAAACUUUUGAUGAAGAAUGUAUAAAUGAAGUUCAUCUGGUAGUACAUCUAGUUUUGGGUUUAGUGUUUGGUUUUAGCUAUGUUUUAUUGUGUCUCUGAUUUGUAAAUCCUACUUUGCAUGUAUUUAUUACUAAGUUUCACCUGCAAGCCAGAAGAUGGAAUUAUUA